GGAACCCUCGCGGCCUCGCGUCUCUGCCGCUCUUCUCCAAGGUUCUUCUUUCGGUGAUCUCUUCUCACCGCUUCUCCGUUCUUUUUGUUGUAUUUUCUCCAGGAGACCUAAUAAAGUUGCGGCCGUUCUCGCGCCCGAGGGACUGUCGAAAUCCAUGUUCGUUUGCGCUCCAUGGAUCCCUCUCUGACUCAGCCCGCUCCAGAGGUCGAAGAAGACGAGUGGGGUGACGAAGUUCUCCCUAUGGUGGGGGCUGUCGUGGUUAGAGAGGAUGCUGUUGUAGGCGAAGAGGCCAUAGGCCUUGUGGUAAUUGAAGAUACCGAUGGGUUUGUGAUCCCAAGUUUGAAUGUUGGGGACUCUGAUCUUGGUAAACCUGGUGUACUGGGAGUAACAGAUCCUAAACCUCCUCCAAAGGCUGUUAAGGAAGCUGAAAAGAUCUACUUGGGACCUCACGGUGCUCCACCUUCUCAAGCCAAGCUAGAGCUGAACGUAGCUGGCCGUAAGCAGCGUUUCAAACAGAAGCUCAAGGAAGCGGAUCAUAAAUUCUCUGGGACGGGGCGUGAAAACAAGGUGGAAACCCUGAGACAACUUGUGGGCAGUAAGGUAAGCGGCACAACCAUGCCAAAGAGCUCCCCACGAGAUUGGCUCGACCCACAUUGCCACGAGUCUCAGUUUGAGAGGUACCGUCAGUAAGAACACUACCAAGCAAACUCUUAGAUACAUUUGUGGAACAUCUUCUAUAUAGUCUUGAAAUCCCUAGCAUCUGUUUUCAAGAGAUGCAUCCUUGUUAUGAACCCUGGGUAUUUUCCAUUAUUACUGAAUGUGUUGUACUCGAUACUAAAUGGAUUAUGUUUUAUCAUCCUCAUGUUGUCUGGUUUCCUAGUCAAGUUAUCAUCAUCAAGAACUUCAAUUGCAU